AUGAAGGUUGAGAUAACAGUCUUGGAUGAGAAUGACAGCCCGCCGACCUUUGACCACCCAGUCUACACGGCCAACAUCUCAGAAGAAGCCCGCAGCAGCUCCCCGGUCACCCGACUCACCGCCCAUGACGCCGACAUCGGCUCCAACGCCGAGAUCUCCUACAGCAUCACCAGGGGUAACGAGGACGGUCACUUCACCAUCGACUCCAACACCGGCCAGAUCCAGACCAGCGGGAGGCUGGACCGCGAGACUACGGCCAUGUACACACUUGAGAUCCGCGCCAGCGACGGCCGGCAAGACACCGUCACCUCGCUGGAAGUCAACAUCCAGGACACCAACGACAACGAUCCAGUCUUCACCGAGUCCAUGUAUUCCUUCAGCGUGCCCGAGAAUCACCCAGUCGGCACUGUCGUUGACGCGGUCUCGGCCACGGACCCUGACGCAGGCACCAACGGUGACGUGGUGUACUCUAUCGUCGCCGAAGGAGCACCAGGAGAAGAUAUCUUUAGUCUGGACUCACUGACUGGAGAGUUUACUCUCUUGACAGAACUGGAUUAUGAGCAGAAACAAGUGUACUUCCUGACUGUGCGUGCCAAUGAUCGAGGUACCACCCCACGGUCCACCACAGCCUCUGUCUACUUCAACAUUCUGGACGUCAAUGACAAUGCGCCGGUCUUUGAUCGCACAAGCUACUGGGUUGAAGUGGCUGAAGAUGUCGCCGUGGGGACGGGUAUCGUCAUGGUAACAGCAACUGAUGCCGACUCAGGUUACAAUGGAGAGAUUGUGUUCACCAUUUCCUCCGGUGAUCCAACUAAUCGUUUCACCAUCCACCCCAACGGUAGCAUCACCACCAUCAUGGGGCUUGACCGCGAGACGCAAUCCUUCUACAAUCUUGAGAUCACUGCCACGGACCAAGCCGCCGACCCGGCCCUGCAGAAGUCCAGCAUGGCCCAAGUCACCAUCAUCGUCUUGGACAUCAACGACAACGCACCGGUCUUCACCACGGGUAACUAUGCAACCGUGCGAGAGGACACCGACGUCGGAGAGGUCGUGAUGUUCGUCCAAGCGGUCGACGCUGAUGUUGAGAAGAACAGUUACAUCGAGUUCUCCCUGUCUGGAGUUACAGAUGGAGUAUUCCUGAUCAACCCGGUCGAUGGCAACAUCCGCUUGUUGAAGUCCCUGGAUAGAGAGACUGUCCCCGAGUACAACAUCACAGUCAAUGCCACCGACAAAGGCCAACCCCCUCAAUUCACCACCAUGGACAUUGUAAUCAAGGUCUUGGAUGUCAACGAUAACGGGCCCGUCUUCGAUUUGGACUCUUAUCAUUCCUCUCUACCAGAGGAUGUUCCUGUUGGCUUGGAAUUCCUCAAGGUGGGUGCGGCUGAUGCGGAUGAAGGGAUCAAUGCAGAGCUGCGAUUCUCCAUCUUCAACGGCAACUACGACUCGGACUUUGACAUCGACCAGACCACCGGAGUCCUAUCUGUUGCCAACGCGCUGGACCGUGAGCGCCGCUCGUCCUACUCGCUGAUCGUCCGCGCUCAGGAUAACGGAGAUGGAUCGCAUAUCUCCUCCACCACCGUCACGAUCACCGUCCAAGACAUCAACGACAAUGCCCCAGUAUUCCUGACGCCUUACACCCCGAGAAUCACAGAGAACAACCAACCGGGAGCUCUCGUGGUCCAAGUAUCUGCCACCGAUGAUGACGAGGGGACCAACGGCCAGUUGACGUACCGCAUCAAAGGCAACGACUAUGACGGUCUCUUCACCAUUGUACCUGACACUGGGGUAAUCAACGUAGCUGCGUUGCUAAAUCGUGAGGAGGUGGACAGCUACACGCUCAGGAUUGUCGCUCAGGAUUCAGGGAGUCCACCACGCGAGGGCGCCACAGACAUCCUCAUCACCGUCGCAGAUGACAACGACAAUCCACCUCAGUUUGCAUACCCCCUCUACAUUACGACCUUACAGGAGGAAAUCGGUCCCAACAGUCCGGUCCUCCGAGUCACUGCUAACGAUGCUGACUCCACUGCUGACUUGAGAUACAGACUGGAUACAGCCAUCGGGAACAAGUUCACAAUUAAUCCAAUCACGGGCCAGAUCCUGACCACGUCCGGCCGAUUGGACAGAGAAGACCAAGCCAGCUAUGACAUCAUCGUCACCGUGGAGGACGGCACCACGUGGACCAGCCAAACCACCGUCAGAGUCAAUCUGCUGGAUAUCAACGACAAUGCUCCACAGUUUGCUGUGCAGAGCUAUCAAGCCCUUAUACCUGCUACAACAUCAACAGGUACCAUUGUACUGGGCGUCCAAGCUCAGGAUGCUGAUAUCGGAGACAACGCCAGGCUGACGUACUCCAUCACUAAUGGCGACGUAACCAAAUUCACUAUUGAUGCCGAUACCGGCGUCAUCACCACAGCACAGCCCCUGACGUCACAAAGUUCAGCCUAUACUCUGGAAGUGUCUGCAAGAGACAGCGAUCCAGCACACGCUCCAGCCACAGCCACAGUACAGGUCACAUUUGAUGCCUCAGGUCAGUUCCCGUCAUUCCAGAGUCCAUCCAACGGUGCUGUGUACACAUUUGACGAGGACGUGGCUACCGACACCGAGGUUGUGACCUUUCAAGCAUCCAGUCCCAAGACCGGGCAGGAGGGAACCGUGACCUAUCAUAUAAUGGGAGGGAACGUCGAUGACAGAUUUGACGUAGAUUCUCAAAGCGGAAGGCUGACCAUUGCUCAGAGUUUGAAUUACGAGGACAACCAGAGGUUUUUACUUCUGAUCGAAGCACGCGACGGCAGCACUCCACCUUUGACCAGUUUACUACAGAUUGAGGUGAACGUGAAUGACGUCAAUGACAAUUAUCCGGUCUUUGAUCAGGCAACAUACAGUGGCAGAGUAACAGAAGAAUUACCAGCCGGAGUUGAUGUAGUACAAGUCCACGCUACUGAUGCAGACAGCGGGCUUUUCGGUAACAUCCUAUACACACUGCUUAACGGCAACACUAAUAACAACUUCAGAAUUGAUCGCAAUUCUGGAUUGCUGGAAACUAACAAAGUCCUAGAUCGGGAGACAAUUGCUGACUACACGUUGACAGUACAGGCUGAGGAUCAGGGUAGCCCUGCUAAAACUGCAGCAGUAACAGUGCACGUAACUGUUGAUGAUAUCAACGACAAUCCCCUCAGCUUUACCAACUUGUUCAGCGCUACGGUACCUGAAAAUGCACCCGUUGACACCGAUGUCAUAACAAUUACAACAACCGACCCUGACUCUGUGAAAAAUGUCCAGUAUUCUAUAAUAAGCGGUGGAGACGGUGCAUUCGCCAUCGAUCCGGUUACAGGACAGAUGCGAGUAAAUGGAACCUUAGACAGAGAGGUCAAAGGUCAGUACCAGGUGGGUGUCUCGGCAGACGAUGGGUCAUACAGGAAAGAUACCACCGUCACCAUCACCAUAUCGGACAUCAAUGACAAUGCACCGGCAUUUAUCGAGCCAUCCUACAGUGUCAGCCUUCCGGAGGGCUUGCCCUCAGGGUCUGCCGCUCUGCAAGUCAGCGCCCAAGAUGAGGACCUUGGAGCUAACCAGGAUGUCUACUACACCAUGAAAACCAUGUCUGACCAUUUCAUCAUCAACGAAGACACGGGCUACAUCACUGUCAGUAAUCCGGUGAACUUCAUCCAUUCAGGUGGCUCACCCGAUCCCAACGUCUAUCAUCUUCAGGUCCUUGCAAGAGACCGUGGCAUACCUGCCUUGUACUCCGAGGUCCAGGUCACUGUGACCAUCUACGAUGCCAAUGAGUAUCCUCCAGUCUUUGAAGAGACGCAAUACUUCUCUCCCGUACCAUUCAGUGCCGCUGUGGCUACCCCAAUCCUGCAGGUUGUUGCCACCGAGACCAUAGAUCAAGGCCAGAAUGCACAAGUCCGGUAUGCCAUUAUUGGAGGUAACGGAUCCACACGCUUUGAUGUCGAUCAGGAUUCUGGCUGGAUCAAAGUCAAGUUGAAUCUCCAAGCUGACGUCGGAAGCUAUUAUGACAUCAUCGUUGAGGCGGAGGACCAGGGAAGACCUUCACCUCUAAGUGUGCAAGUCAAUGUACAGCUUCUGGUCACCGGCGACAAUGACAAUACACCAUCAUUUGAUCAGUCGACUUACUUGGUUUCUGUGUAUGAAGACUUGUCGGUUGGGUCGGAAGUCACUGUGAUAACAGCAUCGGAUGCAGAUGCUGGCAUGAAUGGAAAACUUGUAUAUUCUAUCGUGAGUGGUAACGAAGCAGGUCUGUUUGCAAUAGAAGAGGAAACAGGAUCAGUGACUGUGGCUAAGGCUCUUGAUUACGAGGAUUUGACAUCCCACACCAUGCAGAUCAAAGCCAAGGACCGGGGAUGGCAGAGCAGGGAGAGCAGCACCAUCCUAACGGUCAACCUACUUGACGCCGACGAUAAUCCUCCCAUCUUCAAUCCCAAUCAGUACAACCCUCAAGUAGCAGAGAACUCUCCAAGCGCAACGUACGUCACAACAGUCACGGCCACUGACGCAGACACUGGCGUGAACGCCGAGUUCACUUAUGACAUCAUCGGGGGCGACGGCAAAGACUACUUCACCAUCAAUCGUGAUACUGGAGUGAUCCGAACCCAAGGAAACUUGGAUUAUGAGGCAAGCUUGAAUGUCUUCCAGCUGUCGGUGGAGGCUGCCAAUGAGGACACAUCCAUGUUUGGUAUCGCUCACGUCACAGUACAGCUCACGGGAGUGAAUGAGUACUAUCCACACUUCGUCCAGCCUUCCUACCAGUUCUCGGUCAGCGAAGCUGCUCCAGAUAGGCAAGUUGUUGGGAUGGUGUAUGCCAGUGACGCAGAUCACGGACCAGAUGGGGAAGUCCAGUACCUCCUAGUUGGCUCCAGCAACCACCAAGGCUUUGCCAUUGAUUCCUUUAGUGGGGAGAUUACAGUGUCCUAUGCAAACGGACAGCUGGACAGGGAAACUGAGGACACCAUUGUCUUGUCGGUUCUUGCCAAGAACAGUGAACCCAUCACGGGAGACAAUGUGGAUGAAGUCCAGGUCACUAUCACUAUACUUGAUGCCAAUGACCCGCCGCAGUUCCUGGAUAAUCUCUACCAAGCCAGCGUUAGCGAGGUUGAUGGUACUGGAACAUAUGUCACCACAGUCACUGCCGUUGAAUAUGACCAGAACAAUGACUUCCGGCAGUUCUCGUAUGAAAUUGUUGACGGAAAUCUCCUCAACGCCUUUGAGAUUGAUGCCGAUUCUGGGAGUAUCACUGUUGCUUCAGCACUCGAUCGGGAGACCGUAGCAACAUACCGACUACGGAUCGGUGCAAUUGACACAGGCGAGCCACCCCAAACAGGCUAUACAGAAGUUGUAGUGAACAUAGACGAUGUGAAUGAUAAUGGCCCCAUAUUUCUACCGGGAAACGAUGUCGGUUAUGUCUCUGAAAAUGAAGCCAUCAACACCAUUGUCAUGACGUUGAAUGCCACCGAUCCAGAUCUCAACUCAAACCCAGAUUUGUUCAGAUUUUUCUUGGUACCCAAUGCCGACAGUCCAUCUUUCACGUUGGAAUCGACCACUGGUAUCCUGCGUACUACUCGCACACUGGAUCGAGAGGUCAAGAGCGACUAUUAUCUCUCCAUCGAAAGCCGAGAUGGUGCCACGCCAGAGAUGACGGCUGUAUCAACUAUCCAUAUCAUUGUGCAGGACCAAAACGAUAAUCCCUCGUCUGAACGUGAUGCACGCAUUGAGGUCAAAGCUUAUCAGUCUGUAUUCCCAGGUGGUUCAAUAGGAGUUGUCCGACCCAUAGAUCUUGAUACCGGUGACGUCUUUGUUUGUCAGAUUGUCAGCGGAGAUUUGAAUGUCUUCUCUUUGCAGCCGGGAUGCGUUCUGAACUCCAGGAUGCAUUCAACUGAAUCUGACUACACACUAGAAAUCUCUGGAGACGACGGCCAGCAUUCAAGCGUCAACUCCAAUUUUGAUGUCUCCUUCAGAGCUUUCAACAACGCCUCACUCGCCAACAGCAUCACCCUCCGGAUUUCCGGUGUUGUGUCGGAGACAUUCCUGUCCAACCACUACGAUCGCUUCUCUGCCUCAGUGUCUGCAUUCCUGAGUAAUCGAGAGUCACUACUUAUUUUGAGUCUGAACAAUGUUCAAGAUGACAGCAAUAAGAUGGACUUAAUCCUAGCCGUGAAAAGAGAUUCUGGGUACUUGCUGCGUGAAGAUGUAACCAAGCUGAUCAACGACAACAAAGCCACUAUUACGAGUCAAUCGGGAGUUACCAUCGACGAAGUCGACUAUUCCCCUUGCUCAAUCAACCCUUGCAUGAACUCGGGAACCUGCGAUGAUCGCAUGCAACUGAUUCAUACCACCGUCAUCAUCGACAGUCCCUCAAUCAUCUUUGUCACCCCGUCGAUACAUCGCGUCUUCCACUGCGCUUGCCAUGGUGAGUUCUUCGGAGAGUUUUGCCAGGACCAAAUCAACCAGUGCGACCCAGAUCCGUGCCAGAAUGAAGGUGUAUGCACAGACUUGAUUGGUGACUACAGUUGCUCCUGCCCACCGGGAUUCACCGGCAAACAAUGUGGCACCAACAUAGAUGAUUGCGCGGACAGACCCUGUAUGAACGGCGGUGAUUGCGAGGACUUAGUGAAUGGGUACUCAUGCCACUGCACUGAAGGCUACAACGGCAACAACUGCCAGAAUGGUCCCUGUGCCUUGCAGCCGUGUCUGAACGGAGGUACCUGUAUCGAGGACGGUAGUAGUUACAGAUGCGAGUGUCGGUACGGUGAAUCGGGCGAUAUCUGUGAGAUCAUGAGCGUUGGAUUCCAACAGGGCUCCUACAUGGAGUUCCUUGCCCUCUCUCCCGACCUGAACAUCAUCACCCUGCAUUUCACCACGGUCUCACCGAACUCGCUUCUCAUGUACAACCACGACGGGACGUCCACUGCCAAUGCGGAAUUCCUGACUCUGGAGAUUGUGGCAGGCAAGAUGCAGUUUUCUUACAAUCUUGGAGACGGCAUCACGAUGAUUACAACUGACAAGAUGGUAUCUGAUGGACAAUGGCACAAAGUGGAAGCUAGACGCAAUGGCAAGAAUGGAGAGUUGAUCGUGGAUGACUGUCCCCUUUCCCUGCCAACCGGUACCUGUAGAGCUACUGGUGCAACAGGAAGCCAAACCAAUCUCGACGUGAACAACGUAGCUCUGAGUCUGGGAGGCACCAUGUCCAUCGACACCAUCCUACCCCGCGCCUGGCAGGUCUCCUCCGCCGAUUUCCUGGGCUGCAUGCGGGAGAUCUCCAUCAACGGCGAAACGCUGGACCUCUCCUCACCGCUGGCCCAGCGGGGGACCAGUGAAGGCUGCGACCGAGACACGGAGACGUGCAGCAACAACCCUUGCAGCGGGAACAGUGUCUGUGUGGAUGAGUGGUGGAACCGCUGGUGCCAAUGCGAGGCGGGUUUCACCGGAGACAACUGUGAUAAAGUACCUACACCGUUUUCUUUCGGAGGAGGGAGCUAUGUUGAGUACGUAGUCAAGGAGAGUUUCCAACGACAGCAGCUCCUGGAUGCCGCCAAGGCUAAUUCCAGAAGGAGGAGGAGGCGGGAUACCACGCCGGGUUCACAGACUAUCUCUAUGUCCUUCAGGACUGGGUCGCUAGCAGGCCUGCUGUUGCUUGUUGAGUCGGGUGAUGACUUCACAUCACUCCAAAUCGUCAACAGGACAAUCUGCUAUCACUUUGGCUCGUCCAGCCAGACCAGGGGUACCGUCAGUCUGACCACGAACGUUGCCGACUGGAAGUGGCAUAACCUCAAGCUGUACAGGGAGGGCGCUACGAUCACCUUAGAGUCCGGAGACGAGACUGAAUCCAAAAGAUUUGAUCAGGUCCCUCACGACUUCACAGGACUGGAAGUCACUGGGAUGUCCCUGGGUGGGACCAAGACUCCCUUGAUCAUUGACGGCAAGAAUAUCACCGCCUUCUCUGGAUGCCUUGAGGACUUCCAAAUCAACGGUGCAGCUCUACCGCUGGACGGCGCCAAUGAGAUGUUUGACGCGGUACCCUCUGACAACACGGGGGAGGGUUGCGACGCAGUCAACGUCUGCACCCCUAACCAGUGCCCCAAGGACCAGAUCUGCACCCCGGAUGGCGACGGAUUCACCUGUCAGUGCAAGGAAGGAUUCUCAGGAAAUGAUUGCACAAUUCCAGCCACUGGUGCUCCUCCUGACAACACUCUGGUGGUCGUCCUCGCCAGCGUGUUUUCAGUCGUGCUGAUUGUGAUCAUCGCGGGUUGUCUGCUUCUCCUGUGUCGGUAUCGCAACAAGGCACGGAAAGCCAAGGAAAGCGCCGUCGGCAAUUCCAAGAACAACUUCUCCAUGGAUUCGCUUGACAAUGCCGGUUUCAGCGCCGACACCUUUGAUAACCCGACCAUGAUCGGGUCUCAGCACAACAAGACGGGGAAUGGGAUGGAGCUCAUCAGACAGCAGCCGGAUAUCAUUGAGCAGAAUGCGUUUGCCGGCAUGCCGGAGGAGUCGUUCAUCGUGGACACCGAUGAUGUUGUCAUCGGCGAAGAAGCAUCCGGCCGCACUCAUGAAGCCCUGGAACACUACGACUUGGAAAACGCCAGUAGUAUUGCCCCAUCAGAUAUUGAGCCAGCCUAUCACUACAGGUAUUAUCACGACGGGCGGGAGCGUAAGCAAAAGCGUCAGGGGUACAGAUACUCUCCCAACCCCAUGCUUGCUCGAAUCGGCACCCCACCAUGCGAGAGCCCUGUCAGCCAAGUCUCUUCCAACCAUCUCAGCAUCACUCAUAAUCCCAAUCCCAGCUCACUGCACGUGCGCAGCAGCCCAAGUAAUGUACAACACAGCACCCCAAUGGAGAACACAAGAGCCAGUCCAGCUAGUGGCAUCGCUAGACAGAGCCCAGGGCUUCAGGCGAUGCGACAGAGCCCAUCCCUGCAACUCCUCAAGAGGGAGUCUGCCCGGUCCGCGACACCCCUAAGGCUCAGCCGGGCUAACACACCAGUGAGAAAUAUGGCAAGCCCCGUCAGCUCAGACCAUAGCUAUAACCAAAGUGAACUCCGAAGCCAGGGACACCGUAGUGACACCAGUAGUCACCUCAGUGGUCACGGUGAUAAAUCUCGUAUCAGCCCCAUGCUGGCCGGGGCACACAGACCUCCGCGUCCCCCAAGUAGAUUAAAAGACACCUCUCCCUCAGACUCUAACAGGCCGCUGGGGUUGACUGUUGAGGAAGUCAAGAGACUCAACACAGCCCGGCCCGACUUAAUGACUGGUAGCCACGCCAGCACAAUAGACAAUCUCUCCUCAGUGAGCAGCAGUAAGCGGCGGCAGCAGCAGCAUCAUCAUCACAACCUCCCGCCCUUACCCUCAGAUCUCGAACCUUCGCCUCUGCUUGAGCCUCCCGAUUCAACAUCCUCAGAUGAGACGGCUGGCUCAUUCACAUGUUCCGAGAUCGACUCGGACACUGAGAAACUGAAAUCACGGAGCCUGGAUCCAGGGAUGCUCCUCCUGUCGCGUCUGUCGCAGAUGGACGACGGAGACGAAGAUGAGGAUGAACCUGAGACUUACGAGCAAUUCAGCGCACCUUUCCAAAAGAAGGAAGGACUAGACUCAGUAGGAGGUUCUCUCAGUACCCUCUUUGCAUCAGAGGAUGAACACUUGGAUCCUAAGAAGACAAACGGACAAUUCAGCUGGGACCAAUUCCUGAACUGGGGUCCAAGAUUCGAAACUCUUGAAGGUGUCUUUGUCGAUAUCGCGCAGCUCCAGGACAAAGUCCCUGCUCCCGCUGUGAAGAAAGUUUAUCUCGAACAAACGGCUGAAGAAUUUGUAUGAAUGAUAAGUACUGUGGAUAAUUUAUUUUUAUGAAUAGAUUUUGUAUCAAAGGGAAAAUCUUUGCAUAUUUAUGAGCAAUGCUUCCUUUUGAAAUUUACAUAAUGUUUUGGGAGUUACAUCUCAAUUCCAUUUAUAUAAUAUGCUUGGUAAACAGAAAACUAAGAAUAACUGUGAUUUCCUUUUGCUAUUGCAUACAGUUUGCCGACAUUCCAUAGUUUCAUUAGUUAAUAACAGAACAAGCGCUUGACAUUUUGAAAACCUAUUUUUAAAACCUUUUUUACAAAUAAUGUUUGGUCAAAAAAACAACAACAUUUUUUAACUAAAACAGAAUAGCAGAUUCAAUAUGGACCAAAUUGCCGCUAAAUUCAAAGUGUUAUGAAAUGAUAUAAUGUUUGUUGAGUCACAUAUGUGAAUGAUAUUAUUUGGCCAUGUUUUGAAAUAUUUUAAGGAAAUGUUACUUGCAUUUCAUCCUCUGCCAUUCCUGCCUUGCUCAUGCAGGAUCGCUUUCAACAGCAUUACCUAUGUAAAUAUUUUUUUUUAAUAGAAAUGUUCCUGUUUUAAUCAACAUAAUUGGUAAUCUAUGUAUAAUAUGCCAAUACUUUCAAAUAUGCAGGGUUAUUACUUUGAUUCAUUCAAUUCAUAUUUUUCUAUCCAUGUCAUGUGGAACUAUUUUUUAAAAACAGACUGUUUUUUGACAGAGGACUAAAGCUGUUUUCUUUGUACACUAAACUGAUCAUGUGCCAGAAAAAAUUCACUUCACCUAUUUAGAAAGAAACAGUACCUGUUGCAUCCAAUAAGCCUUUUCGGAGUUCCAACUGCGCGCAUUCGUAACCUGUGACAACGCACAUUGUUUGUCUCAAAUGCCCUUUGACAGUACCCACAAUGCACAAACAGCCUUUUUGUAAAGUCAGUGGCGCGAUGUUGUCAAAGGCCAUUUGAGACAAACAAUGCGCGUUGUCACAGGUUAUGAAUGCGCAGUUGGAACUCUGAAAAGGCUUAUUAGAAAGUGCUUCUGUUCGGUGUAAAAAUGCCUGGUGUAAAUCCAGUGUAGCUGUACCGUGGGCUUUUUGUAUAGACUAAUUCAGCGAGAGUCAUUUUCUGCUGUGGCACCGGGCUCACGCGAGUCGCGCUCAGGUAUUAAAUACGUACGCAUUACGCAUGCACUCCAGGCUCCUUCAACCAAUAGGGUCACCAAAAUGCGCACGUGCACCGUGUCUUCAAGAACGCGUGCAGCAUGCGUGUGAGCGUGGCACCACUGUAGUAGCACCUUCUAAUUCUGGUCGCCGGAUUCCGCUAUACCUGUAAAUUGUAUGCAACAGAAAUACCAUGUACGUAACAGUUGACGAACCAACUGAUUCACCAUAACAGUUUUGGUUUCUUUGCUAUUAAAUGCACAUGGUGUCCAUGUUCUGAUGCCUUGAACACUGAGAAUGGUGCAUGGCCAUCUAUACUCAGUUAAAGUUCUUUUAAUUUAUACAGUUUGUGUUGAUAUUAAAAUCGAGGAUGUGUUUGGGACUAUUUUUGUUAGUGGUCCAUGCAGACAUUUUGGUAGGGUUAUAAUAAUAAUAAAACAAUUUGUAAUAUAAAA